ACCACCAAGAAGCGAAACAGAAUCAGCCGUGUGUGUGGCUUCUGCAAACGAAGGAAGAUCAAGUGUGAUCGUGGCAGUCCCUGCCUCAGCUGUGUCAAGUACGGCAACCGCAACUGUCACUACGCAGAGAUCGAGCUGGUAGCCGAGGGCGAGAUCGAGAAGAAUGGCGAGCUCGAAAGCACUUUGGAGUCGUUGAAGAAGAAGCUCCGCAGCUUGGAAGAGUACGUGGGCAAAGCCAACGUGGCAGGCAUCACCGACGAGAUCGUCACUGGCCGGUUGAACCUCGCGUGGUCUCACACCAAUGAAUCCACCCUGAAGGUGUCGCCUGUGGCCAGCGAAAAGGACUACAUCAACUUCUUCGAAGGCUACACCUCCGUCAACGUCAGCGAGCCCAUCCGCAGACGAAAUUUCGGCCCGUUGUCGUGGUACGCGUUGAUCAAAGUCGACGGUGCCUUGGGCAUCUUGUGGGAGUACGUCUACGCCAAACACGAAAGCUACCACGAACGGGUACGUAACAUGUUCCACUCGGGCCAGGACGCCACCGACCCUGACACCAAGGCGUUCGCAAACAAGGUCAACGACGACGAGGGCUUCAAUGACGUACGUGAAAUAAGCUACAUCAACGCCUGCGGCCAGCAGUCCUUCAACAUCUUGGACUCCACCGAAGGAAUCAAGCAGCGGCACAUUUUCUCAGCCCCUGCCAGCAACCGCAACGAGGAACUCGAGCUCAUCACCAAAAUCAAGCUCGCCUUGCCCUCCAGAAAAGUCAUAUGGCUCCUUUACAAGCGUUUCUUCAUCAACUGCUACCUGUUCAUGCCAUGCAUCGAUGAGGUGGUGCUAAAGGAGCAGUUAUCCAAGAUCAUCGGCGAGGAAUCGCUCCUCGAAGAGCCGGUGGCAGAUGUCCAAGUAUCAAGAAGAUUGGACUUUGCCCACUUGGGAGCUUUGCUUUUAGUUUUGAGGUUCUCCUAUCUCACCUUGUUCAAUAACCUUAACGGUAGCCAUGACCCCAGAUUGUCCACUGAUGACCCAUCUCCUAAAGUGCAAGAAUUGAAAUAUUUGUUGAGUAAUCCCAUUGGUUUGGAAAUAGUGGAAGUUGCCCACGAGUGCUUGAACCAAUUCAACUUGAUGAGAGGCAUCAAUAUGUCUAUCAUGCAGUUGGCCUUACUAACCAGAUUCUACCACAUGUAUGCACCAGAAGAUGGUGAUGGUGUCGAUGGUGGUGAUGCUCAAGUUUUCAAUGCUAUGCUCAUCCAAAUGGCUUACGCCCUUGGGUUGCAUAGAGACCCUGACAAUUUCCCUGACCAGUGUGUCGAUGAAAAGUCAAAUAACUUGGCUAGAAAGAUGUGGUACUGUGUUAUUAUAAUCGAUCUAAACAAUACCAUGACCGCUGGAACCCCAAUGAAUGUCAAUAUCAAUUCUUUUGAUACAAAAGUUCCCUUCUACAAACCAGGAAAUGAGAAUGUGGUGAAUGUUGCUUUGGAAAAGCACACUGUCAAGGCUUUCAAGAUGCUUGAAGCAUCGUUUGAAAGAUUGGCUGAUAUUAUGCUGAAGAUCAUGGACGUCAAGGGAAGUGUCAGCAUAAGAGAUCUAGAAGUAAAAUUAGAGUUUAUGAGAGACCAUUACGCCACCUUUGCUUCUGAAGCAUUUGAGGAAGGAGUAAGGAAUCCUCAUAACCUAUUGACUCAGCUCUUGAGAACCAAGGUGUUCCUCAAUUCCAGUUUAUUCGUUGUGUCAGUAUACUUGCAUGUCUUCAAUUACUAUGAAAGAAGACGGGACAUUAAGCUUGCGUACAACUUUUUGAAAAGGAUGAUGGAAAUUUGUAUUGGCCAAGUCUUGCCAUUCUACUUUGAAUUUUAUGGUCUGGUGGAUCAAUUUGCUGAUGUGACUGACUUGAUCGUUGCACCUUCUUUUGAACAAGCAUGUCACAAGUCUGUUAUUGUGUUGACAGCUAUAUUUAUCAGAGUGAAAAUAAUCACCAUGAAUUUCGAAACCUCCUACGAUCAUUCUACUAAAAUGAAUGAAAACAGUGGGUAUAAAUCCCGGUACAAGAAAUGGGUUACUUUAACAGAAUCAAUUGAAAAGAGCAUGAGAUUGUUCCGUGAAUUCAUGGCGAUCUUAAGUCCUAGAUUUUAUUAUGCUUGGAGAAUCACUAAGGCACAAAGAAUCAUGUGCUCUCUUCUCACAGAUCAAGAAUUGUUCGACCGUACCAGAACUAGUCCAAAACUUGUGAACUUGCCAUUAGAUAAUGGUAUGUUGGAUGACUUGAACGAAAUCUUCGACAAGACGUUCAGUAGGAUCUCCCAACUCAAGAAGGAGAAAGGCAUCAAGCUCAAUCCUAACGUGGGCACCCCCAAUUUUUUCCCUCCCUCCACCAAUGAUUCCAGAAGCUAUAACUCUGUCGGAUCUGUUCCCUCGACAGCAUCUAGCGAUAGUCAUGGCGAUGUUAACUUGGUACCCAACGACGAGAUCGAUCGGAUCUGGAUGUUGAUGCUUUCGUUGAAGAAAAGCAAUGAUAAUGGCGCAACUGGCUACUACAACAAU